AUGGCGGCGAAAUUGUCUGUGUUGUUAAUUUUAACAAUUUUAUGUGUGAUACAAGCUAAAAGUUCGGAGGAGCGAAGUCAUGAAAUUCGUAAUCAUGUGAAGAGCGACGCAACAGCAUUAAUAUUUGCCGAUGAAUUUAAGCAGACGCUGGAGAAGUACCUCUUCGGAAUUUGUCCACAACCCUAUAAGACGCGUUGGUUGCAGAUGCCCCCUCGGGAAUAA